AGUUCUUUGAAAGAUAUGAAUGAUGCGUAGUUGACAUCUGAAGUUGCGGAUUACUAGUGGCUACAAACUCUAAAGACCACAACAAACAAAAGAAAGAGAGGAAAAUACAGAGAGAGAUCAAUAAUGGAAGGAGAAAGAAGGGUGGGCGUAGCGGUGGAUUUCUCAACCUGCAGCAAGAAAGCAUUAAAAUGGGCAGUGGAUAAUCUUGUCCGCAACGGGGAUCAUCUUAUCCUCAUUACCAUACUCCCCGACGGCUACUAUGAAGAAGGCGAGAUGCAGCUUUGGGAAGUCACUGGUUCCCCUUUAAUCCCUCUACAUGAAUUUUCUGAUCCUGCUGUCAUGAAGAAGUACGGUGUGAAACCUGAUCCAGAAACUCUGGAUAUUGUAAACACUGUUGCAAACCAGAAACAGAUUGUUGUGGUUAUGAAGAUCUAUUGGGGGGAUCCUCGUGAGAAGAUAUGUGAAGCUAUUGAUAAGAUCCCUUUGAGCUGCCUUAUUAUAGGCAAUAGAGGCCUUGGCAAGAUCAAGAGGGCUAUAAUGGGCAGUGUGAGCAACUAUGUUGUGAAUAAUGGAACAUGCCCUGUUACUGUUGUGAAGCAACAUGACCAUGAAAGUUAGGUUCCUCUACUUCUUAACCAAUAACUGCAAUGUUGGCUUUAGGAGAGCUGGGUUCUUGCUGAACAAACUCCUUUUCUUACAUGUGAUGCAGUUGUAUUCCAUAAAAUAAAUAUAUCGCCUGUAAUUCUUCUAGUUAAGUUGAUCAAGUUUUUAGUCAGUAUCUAUGUAUUGAUGGAGUUUUUGAUGCGAGUGGUUACAUUGUAACUCUCUUAUUUGAUUAUUCUCAUGUUGUAAAGGUUAAUAAAAGAAUUUCUAGCAACUCUUGAAA